GAUGAGGAAACCCAAUUUAUGUGCAAACAUACCGAAAACUGCAUUGCAAAAGAUAAGCUAUGCGAUGGAAACUGGGACUGCUAUGACGGCAGCGAUGAGGAUAUCAGAGGAGUUUGCGCUGGAAAUUUCACCUGCGGGCAAGGCGAGUUCAGAUGUGAUUCGAUGACCUGCAUACCAGAAUAUCUGGUUUGUGACGGUAGAGCAGAUUGUGAGGAUAGAAGCGAUGAAAAAUGGACCGUAUGCAGAGAUCGCGUACAAAAUUGUGCAAAUGGCACAUUUCCAUGCGCGGUAACCAAACAAUGCCUACCGGAUACCUGGCGCUGCGAUGGCCGAGUUGACUGUCCAGAUCGGUCUGAUGAGAAGAAUUGUGAAGCCCAUGACUGCAGUGUGGACGAGUUUCAAUGUCUUACCGGGCAGUGCAUACCGCUGCACUGGGUAUGUGAUGGCCGCGCGAACUGCCGUGAUGGAUCGGACGAGAUGCAUUGUCAUGAGGUGGGCGGAGCUUGGGUACCAUGCUCGACGCGAUAUUGCAGAAAGCUCAAUGAGUAUUUGUGCAAACGCGAACAACGUUGUAUUAGACGCAGUGCUGUAUGCGAUGGCAUAGAAGACUGCUCAGAUGGACAAGAUGAGAGAAAAUGCAGUGAGCAUCGGCAUCUGGAAUGUGAUGGAGUGACAGAUUGUACGGACGGUAGCGACGAGCAUGAACAUUGCUGUGAGUUUAGCAAUAUAUUGACUAAGCCGCUUACUGCCGCUCAUUGUCGCCAAUUGUCGCCUAAUGUCGCUUAUUGUCGCGUAAUGUCGUUUUGCAUUUCCUACAAUAAUGGCCACUAUCGAUUUAUUGAUAGUUUUCGUAUUCCAGCAUUCGAUGCCAAAAUCGUUGAAGCAAGAUGUAGAGCACCCGACAUUACAUGUAGGACUUUCACGGGAAUCGUAUGCCUACCCGCUGCCAAGAUAUGUGAUGGAGUACCGGAUUGUUUCGAUGCAAAAGACGAGGAGUUUUGUGGCUAUGAAGAGCAGCAGUAA